CGACGCUAACACGUCGCUUCGACAGUUCUGAGUUGUUUCCGUUUAGCUGAGUUUUACUAGCAGGGUCAACACAUGAACGUUAUCGAUAGAAGAAUAUCUCAGUUUUAAGUCUGUGCUAUUUUAUUUGUGUGACUAUUUUGGACCUUUCGCUUUGCCGUACUAGCACGAUGUCACGUGACCGCAAGGGGGCGGGUAGACAGUUACAAAAGUGUGACAGAUCGCAAAUAAUCUCUAUUAAUAAUCAAAGAAAUGAGCGGUCCUGACAUGAAAAUGAUCACCGUCAUCGGCAGUGGGCUGAUUGGCCGCUCCUGGGCUAUGGUGUUUGCCAGCGGAGGCUACAGCGUGAAGAUCUACGACAAGCAGCCAGGCCAAGCAGUCAGUGCCAUCACAGAGAUCAGGAAACAGAUGAUGGAGUUGGAGGAAGCAGGAAUGCUGAGAGGACAACUGAGUGCCACACAGCAGAUGUCUCUGCUUAGUACUCAUGAUGAUCUGCAGCUCGCACUGCAGGACGCAUUCUUUGUCCAGGAGUGUGUGUUUGAGCAGCUGGAGGUGAAGCAGGACAUCUUCCAGGUGGUGGAGCCUCUGGUGGGGAAGGACGUGAUCCUGAGCAGCUCCACUUCCUGUCUGGUGCCCAGCAAGGUCUUUUCCAAAGUCCAGAACAGGAGCCGCUGCAUCGUCUCCCACCCGGUCAAUCCCCCGUACUACGUCAAACUGGUGGAGCUGGUACCUCACCCUGACACCACACCGCUGGUCAUGGACAAAACCUACGCCCUCAUGACCAAAGUGGGUCAGGCGCCCGUCCGCCUGAAGAAAGAGAUCGAUGGCUUCACCCUCAACAGAGUGCAGGCGGCCAUCAUUGCAGAGUCCUGGAGGCUGGUCCAGGACGGCAUCAUCUCAGUCCAGGACAUUGAUCUGGUGAUGUCAGAGGGACUGGGAAUGCGCUACGCCUUCAUCGGUCCCAUGGAAACUAUGCACCUCAACGCACCUCAAGGUCUGGGGGACUACAUGAGUCGCUACGGAGAAGGCAUCCAAAGGGUGCUGAGGUCCUUCGGGCCCGUCCCAGACCUGUGCGCUGAAGAUGCCAAGAGCGUCGUGAGCGAGAUGUGCCAGCUGAUCCCCAACGACCAGCAGCACCUGUCGGCCAGGAGACACAGACGUGACCAGCUCCUCAUGGGUCUGGCCAGGCUCAAGCAGGACCAGUGAAGGUGGGAGGACCCAUCAAGACCACCAGGCUCAAGCAGGACCAGUGAAGGUGGGAGGACCCAUCAAGACCACCAGCAAGAAUGGUACUGCUUUUAACCAGCAGCCAAUAAUGAUGGACCCUAAAGCUACACUAGCAAAUACUUGUCCUUUGUAUGGAAGCCACCAGAAAAAUGCAAAUACUAUAAACUAGUAAGUCAUUCAUCAUGAUCAGAUAACAAAUCAUGAUUAUGAGAUAAACAAUUGAAAUGAUGACAUAAAGUCAUAAUUAUCACAUGAAAAAAUCAUGAUUAUGAGAUAAAGUCAUAAUUAUCAGAUACAAAGUUGAAAUGAUGAGGAAUAAGUCUAAAUCAUGAGAUAAGUCAUAAUGAUGUGAUAAAAGGUCAUAAUUAUGAGAUACAAAUAUGAAAUGAUGAGAUAAUUAUAAGAUACAAAUUCAUAAUUAUGAGAUAAAAAGUUCAAAUUAUAAAAUACAAAGUUCAAAUUAUGAGAAAAAGUCAUCAGAUGAGAUAAAAGUCAUGAGAUAAAAAGUCAGAAUUAUGAGAUUAAAAAGUUAACAUUUUGAGAUAAAAAGUUAAAAUGAUGAGAAAAGGUCAUCAUUGUGAGAUAAAAAGUCUGAAUUAUGAAAAAAAGCCAUUAUGAGAUAAAAAGUUCAAAUUAUGAGAUAAAAAGUUAGAAUUAUCCAUCCAUCCAUCCAUCUUCUUCCGCUUAUCCGAUUUAGGGUCGCGGGGGCAGCAGCCUAAGCAGAGAAGCCCAGACUUCCCUCUCUCCAGCCACUUCGUCCAGCUCUUCCCGGGGAGUUACAACUAUGAGAUAAGAAAAUGUAAUUAUGAGGAAAAAGUCCAAAUCAUGUGAUAAAAAAGUCGGGAUUUUGAGGUAAAAGUCAUAAUUAUGAUAUAAAAAGUAGAAAUGAUGAGAUAGUCACAAUUAUAAGAUACAAAUUCAUAAUUAAGAGAUAAAAAGUAAAAAUGAUAAAAAGUUAAAAUUAUGAGGAAAAAGUCAUCAGAUGAGAUAAAAAGUCAGAAUUAUGAGAUAAAAAGUUACAAUUUUGAGAUAAAAAGUUAAAAUGAGAUACAAAGUUAAAAUGAUGAGAAAAGGUUGUGAGAUAAAAAGUCAGAAUUAUGAAAAAAAAAAGUCAUGAGAUAAAAAAUUUAAAUUAUGAGAUUAAAAAUUAGAAUGAUGAGAUAAAAAAUUGAAAUUAUGAGGAAAAAGUCCAAAUCACGUGAUAAAAAAGUCAGGAUUUCGAGAUAAAAGUCAUAAUUAUGAUAUAAAAAGUAGAAAUGAUGAGAUAGUCAUAAUUAUAAGAUAAAAAAUUCAUAAUUAUGAGAUAAAAAGUAAAAAUUAUAAAAUAAAAAGUUCAAAUUAUGAGAAAAAGUCAUCAUGAGCUAAAAAGUCAGAAUUAUGAAAAAAAAAGUCAUUAAGAGAUAAAAAGUACAAAUUAUCGGAUAAAAAGUUAGAGUUGAAAUUAUGAGGAAAAAGUCCAAAUCAUGUGAUAAAAAAGUCAGGAUUAUGAGAUAAAAGUCAUAAUUAUGAGAUAAAAAGUUAACAUUUUGAGAUAAAAAGUUCUAAUAUGAGAUACAAAGUUAAAAUGAUGAGAAAAGGUCAUCAU